CGGGUAAACAGCGAUGGCCGCAGAUGAAGGAGGCGGAGAACAGGAUAACAACAUGGGAAACCACUUGCAGAUCCUCCCCGCCGAGAGUGAGGAAGAGGAUGACGUUGAAAUGGAAGUUGAAGAUCAAGACAGCAGGGAUGCUGAAAAGCCAAACAUCAUUAAUUUUGACACUAGCCUGCCAACCUCUCAUAUGUAUUUAGGAUCAGACAUGGAAGAAUUUCAUGGAAGGACUGUCCAUGAUGAUGAUAGCUGUCAAACAAUUCCAGUUUUACCCCAUGUGAUGGUGAUGCUGAUUCCUGGACAAACAUUACCUCUUCAGCUUUUUCGUCCCCAAGAGGUUAGCAUGGUCCGGAACUUAAUACAAAAAGACAGAACCUUUGCUGUUCUUGCAUACAGCAACAUACUUGAAAGAGAAGCACAUUUUGGAACAACAGCUGAAAUUUAUGCCUAUCGGGAAGAACAGGAAUAUGGAAUUGAAACCGUCAAAGUAAAAGCUGUGGGAAGACAGCGGUUUAAAGUACUUGAACUAAGAACUCAAGCUGAUGGCCUACAGCAGGCCAAAGUACAAAUCCUUCCUGAGCGGGUACUUCCUUCGACUAUGUCCGCAGUUCAGCUGGAAUCCCGCAGCAGAUGCCACAUUUUUCCUUCUUCUAAGCCUGCUACAUGGCAGCAUCAACAGAUACAUCAAUGGCGACAGAAAUACCAAAAGCGCAAGUUUCACUGUGCUAGUCUGACUUCCUGGCCAUCGUGGUUAUAUUCUUUAUAUGAUGCUGAAACCUUGAUGGAACGAGUAAAGGAGCAGCUUCAUGAAUGGGAUGAAAAUCUGAAAGAUGAAUCACUUCCAUCAAAUGCAAUAGAUUUUUCAUAUAGAGUUGCAGCAUGCCUACCAAUUGAUGAUGUUUUGCGAAUUCAGCUGCUUAAAAUUGGUAGUGCUGUUCAGAGACUGCGCUGUGAACUAGAUAUUAUGAACAAAUGUACCUCUCUUUGCUGUAAGCAUUGUCAAGACACAGAAAUAACUACUAAAAAUGAAAUAUUCAGUUUAUCCCUAUGUGGACCUAUGGCAGCCUAUGUGAAUCCUCAUGGCUAUGUGCACGAGACCCUUACUGUCUACAAGGCCUGCAAUCUGAAUCUGAAUGGCAGAUCUUCCACAGAGCACAGCUGGUUUCCUGGAUUUGCAUGGACUAUAGCUCAGUGCAGGAUCUGUGGAAGCCAUAUGGGUUGGAAGUUUACUGCAACCAAGAAGGAGUUGUCACCUCAAAAAUUCUGGGGACUGACCCGUUCUGCUCUGCUGCCAAGAAUUCCAGAAAAAGAAAAUGAAUCUGGGCAAGAAAGAUCGCUAUUGCUUUGCCUUUGAUCUGGGCACCUUCCUUGGAACAAACUAAAAGCAGUUUGUGUCUCGAAGAGAAAAGUAUUAAAAGUAUCUGCCUCUGGGAUCUGGUUGUAUAUUUGAACUUUAUGAAAAAGGCACUGUUACUUCCGAAGGCCCUGAAAAAUUUAAUAUUUUGAAGAUGUACAAAAUGUGAAACGGAACGUGAGACUAAAGCAGACGGUUUCAUGUUUUCUGGCAUGUACUGAAUUGAACAGCUCGGAUUUACAGCUGCUCUUUAAUAAUGUAAGAAGACAUCUAGUGUUGUUGAGGAGCUAAAGCUGAGUAGAAGUGACAUGAAGACUGUAUAACUUAAAAGUGUGCGUAAUGAUAGCUAUAAUCUAUUGCCCGCUGUUUUAAGGUAUUUUCCUGUAGAAUGUGGUGAAUUUACUAGAAUACCUGUUUUCUACCUGUAUGAAAUAGUUUACAGGUACUAGCAUUUGCUUCAAUAAGCCUUAAAAAGACAAGGAGACCCAGUCUUCUAAAAAGGAGUGUCUCCUAAAAUCAGACUCUAGCUCAGAGGUC